CCAUUGUAAAGAUGUCUUUCUCGCUGCAACGUUUCUGGCAACGACGUAGCGGUGGAAAUGGAGAGAAGUUAGACUAAGUAUAUUCUCUCCGAGCUUAGAUUCUCCAGAGUUUUCGAACUUUCUCACGCCAUGAGUCUCGUUCUUGGGGCUUCCAAGCAUCGCAAACCCUACCCUCAUCGCAAAGCUAGAGCCUCUCCUCUCAGACAUUCAUCUUUUUCCGCUCCUCAUCCCUUUUCUGCUCCAUUCGAACAUUCGAUGGAAAUGCUGUAGCAUGAACUGCAGUAUCUUCCGCACCCGUUUGAUGACAACCUUUCGCAUUCUCACGCACCUUCGGGUAUCUACAUUCAGCUCCUGGCCGGCGAGAAUCUCCUCUUCUGUUCCUUGCAGUCUGUGUGAAGUGUCUCCGGUCGCUGAUCAGAUUUUUGAAGAAUAUCGACGGUUUCGGUUCGAUACGACUCCAGAGUUUGGAAGGCGAACGUUUCGGACUUCACCAAGUGCGUUGAGCAAUUUUUUGUCGGUAAAUUGUUUCACUGGAAUCAAUUCUGUAGGUUCGAUUUCGUCGGAUUCUUACCAUCGAUACUCGUUUCGCCAUCAUUUUUGGUCGAGAGUUUCAGAUGUUAAAAAGGUUGAAAUCAAAGAGAUUAAGAAGACACAUAUCAUUGAUCCAAGUCAGCGAGCAGUUACUACAGCAUUAUGGUGCAACUUCCUUGUUUUCUCUCUCAAAUUUGGGGUCUGGUUAGCAACUUCCAGUCAUGUUAUGUUAGCUGAAGUUGUGCAUUCUGCUGCAGAUUUUGCAAAUCAGGCUCUUCUUGCUUAUGGUCUGAGUAGCUCAAGGCGUGCUCCAGAUGCUCUGCAUCCUUAUGGUUAUUCCAAAGAAAGAUUUGUUUGGUCCUUGAUAUCUGCUGUUGGUAUUUUCUGCCUUGGUUCUGGUGCCACAAUUGUUCAUGGGUUCCAGAACUUGUGGACAUCACAGCCCCCUAGCAAUAUUCAGUAUGCUGCUUUGGUAAUUGGUGGUUCGUUCAUCAUAGAAGGUGCUUCUCUUGUUGUCGCUAUACAUGCUGUAAGGAAAGGUGCAGCUGCAGAGGGAUUGAAGGUGUGGGACUAUGUAUGGCGUGGACAUGAUCCCACAUCUGUUGCUGUUAUGACGGAGGAUGGUGCUGCAGUGACUGGGCUUGCUAUUGCUGCAGCAUCAUUGGUGGCUGUCAAUACUACAGGAAAUGCAAUUUAUGACCCCAUAGGAUCUAUUAUUGUUGGAAACAUACUUGGAAUGGUUGCUAUUUUUCUCAUUCAGAGGAAUCGACAUGCUUUAAUUGGUAGAGCAAUUGAUGAUUAUGAUAUGGAAAGGGUUCUUCGCUUUCUGAAAAAUGAUCCAGUUGUGGAUGCUCUUUAUGAUUGCAAAAGUGAGGUGAUUGGGCCUGGAUUCUUUAGAUUUAAAGCAGAAAUAGAUUUCAACGGUGUGGUGGUGGUACAGAAUUAUCUAAAAAGGACUGGGCGUGAAGAAUGGGCCAGACAGUUCCGAGAAGCAGUGAAGGACAAAGACGAUACUUUGCUGCUCAAGGUCAUGUCGAGCUAUGGUGAAGAAGUGGUGGAGGCUUUAGGAAGUGAGGUUGAUAGGCUAGAAAAGGAGAUUCAGAAUCUUGUUCCUGGGAUCCGUCAUGUCGAUAUUGAGGCUCACAAUCCAAAAGGUCCAUCUCCAUGACCUAAAGUUUCUCUGAAUAUUAUUGUCUGUGCAGUUCUCUUCUUUUUUUUGCUUAUCUUUGAAUUAUUGAAGAGACACUUCAACCAAGAGGCUUCUUCUGUAUUGCUUGAGGUGAGUUUGUAAUGCUAUAUCUGGGAAUGCGAUGUAGAUGCUUUAAGUCAAUUAAAACAAGGGUUUACAUUUGUUUUUUGAUAAGUAAAAUGAACAUUUCGAAAUA